GUUUCAUCGGACUAGUCAGACUUGUCCGGUGUGGCUUCUGCAGCGGACACACUUUUUGGAAGAAAGGUCUCAAGACAAUGAUGGAGCUAAUGACCGCUUCCCCUUUCUAUCACAUCAAUUCAACAGAUGCCACUGGAAGAAAUGGCUCUAUGUAUGAGGACGAUGAUGAGUAUGACUACAAAGACGAGCAUGCUGAGCUGAGACAGUCUCUCAACAUCAUGUCUCUCAUUGUUUACUGCCUGGCCUUUGUUCUCGGUGUGCUCGGGAAUGGAGUGGUUAUCUGGGUUACCGGAUUCAAGAUGAAGAAAACAGUUAACACAGUUUGGUUCCUCAACCUCGCUGUGGCCGACUUCCUCUUCACAGCAUUUUUGCCUCUAAGUGUGACCUACACAGCUAUGGAUUUCCACUGGCCUUUUGGCAAAUUCAUGUGCAAACUCAACAGCACUAUAAGCUUUCUGAACAUGUUUGCCAGUGUCUACAUUCUGGUGGUGAUCAGCGUGGACAGAUGUGUGUCUGUGGUGUGGCCCAUCUGGGCCCAGAACCACCGAAGUGUACACAAGGCUUCCUGUGUGAGUCUGGGUGUUUGGGGGCUGGCUCUGAUUCUCAGCGCUCCAUACUUCAUCUUCAGGGAUACUGGGCCGUCAUAUAACAAUGAAGCCAUCAUCAACUGCUUCAACAACUUUGCUUUUUCUGAUGACUAUGAAACACCGUCUGUGAAUCAGCUGCGACAGUUUCGUCAUCAGGCCAUGACCAUCACCCGCUUCCUCCUGGGAUUUGUUGUCCCCUUCACUGUCAUUGUCUCCUGUUAUGCUGUGAUAAUCCAUCGUCUCAGAAGAAACCGCACCCUGGCCAGCCAGUCAAGUCGCCCCUUUAAGAUCAUCGCUGCAGUUAUCAUCACUUUUUUCCUGUGCUGGGCUCCUUAUCACAUCAUGGCUUUAAUUGAGAUGGUGAAUCACAUGGCUAAUCAUACAAGUGAAACAUUAGACCAUGUCACCACCAUCGGAGUCCCUAUAGCAACCAGCCUGGCCUUUCUCAACAGUUGCCUGAACCCACUACUGUACGUGUUCAUGGGCCAAGAUUUCAAGGAUAAAGUCCGCAAGUCCAUCCUGAAUGUAUUGGAGACUGCCUUCCAGGAAGAGAUUUCGCGCUCUUAUACCUACACAAACUCAAUGGUCACCAGUCGGAGCAAAGAAAAGUCUGUUUCUGAUGCCGAGGUAUAAGGUCGUCCAUGAUAUAGAUACUGUAAAUGUACAUAGCAAAUGUCACUGUAUAUAACAAAUAUCUUAGCUUUGGUUGUUUUUUAUUCAAGGACCCUCAAGGCGAUCUUUAAACAUUAUGUGAGAUUGAAACAUUGCACCUGUUACUGUUUGACUGAUAUUGGUUUUAUGAUUGGCAACUUUACAAUCUAGUAGAACAGACAGAUGGAAAUAUAAUACAAUAACUUCUCGAUCAAUUUCUGAUGUAUUAAAUAUAAAGCAUUUUGAAAUGAUGGCAAGUAGUACCAUACUAGACCUUAGUGGAUAUGUAAUGUGCCAUUUUAUUUGACAAGAGAAAUCAUACUUUCAAAAAAGGUAUUACAUCAAUGUAUGGUUUAAUUUAUGCAACACAAGUUACAGAAAUAUAAGAUUUGGUUGGCAAAGGGAACUUUAUGUUUUUCAUCUGUCACACUCCAGAGGUUGAUUACUAGAGUAUAAUCCUGCCUGUGUGUGGCAGCAAAGAAAACAAGCAACAAAACAAGUCCCAGCUGUUUAUCACCAUAACACAGUAGUAAGGACACGUAAUUUGACCUAGAACACAAUGCCUUUCUUUCCAUAGAAUAUAGUAUGCUGUAAACUAACAUAUUGAAGAGUAAUAAUAAAGUGUGAAAUAUAGUUCCUGAACCAUUGCACAAACAGGCUUAUAGCUAAUUAAUUUCCCAACUUGCUCCUCACACCCAACUCAACCCAACCAGUGAUCCCAUAAUGUGUGUACAUGACGAAAUUGGGUAUAUGACAGUGAUCACAAAGGCCAUCUUUGGGAACAUAAAAAGUAAAAGUGAAGUGGGAAGCUACUUACACUAGGUUCAGUGUUACACAUUUAGUCUGUAUAGUCAUUUUCAUUAAAAAUCACCCUGCAAUGUCAACUGGCUUCUGACUGCUACAUGUCUACUGCAUGCUUUAAACAUUUGUUUACCAUAGUUUAUCAGCUCUAGGACAGUAAUGUAAGACUAUUAAAUACCUUUAUAGGGACUAUGAGAUUAUUGUGCUUAAAAUAGCAGCUGCAGUGUAUACCUGGCUUGAUUUGAUCUUUGAUCACACUUAUUCUAUGUAUUGUAUGACUUUGGUAUACGUGGCAUAUGUGAUUUACCAAUAACCUUUCCAUAAAAGAUUUAUUGUAAUGAUUUGAUUGUUUUUAGUCAACUCUACCAAGAGGCCAUAAAUUAUGAUAAUGAUUAUGACUGUUUUUCUGGUUCUUGUUGUUACCAUGAUUCCCAUUAUUAAAAUAUUAUUUCGACUUGA